UAAUAAUAAAUUAAUGAACUAGAUUUCCAUGUCGGUUUUUGAGGUAGGAGAGAUGGCGAAUAUUCUCGAAUAUUUCGAUCUUCCAAUCAAGGAAUCGCGGCCGUAGCCUCGGCGGGGAGAUGGACGGUGGAAGACAAUCAAAAGUAAAGCGCGCCGCCCGUAGGUCCCGAGAAAUUGAAUUUGAGUUGGCGAAGCUUUACAAAAAGUUUCCCUGCUUAUGGAUGACCGAUUCUCCGACCUACGAAGACCUCGAAGGUCGGUACGCGGCCUACUCGAGAAUCGUCGAAGCUCUGCGGCCGAGGUUUGGAAAUCUAUCGCUUCCGACGGUCGUCUACAAAAUCCGCGACCUCCGUUACAGAUACUGCGUGGAGUUAACAAAAAUCGAGAGGGCGGCCGUCUCCGGAGUAAAUUACACACCGAACGUCCCUUGGUUUCCGGUUAUGCGUAGCUUUCUCGACCUCCGGUUCAGGACCGAGGAGAUCGAGGACCCCCCUCAGAGCUCCGACGAAUUAUUCAGCAGCAACGACGGCGACGACGAAGCGCAGAUGAAAAUUCCCAACGACUACAACGACUACGACGGUACCCGACUGACUCCGUCCAUGUGCCGAACAAUUUAUGACAACCGUCUAAAAAUAGGGGACAGCAAAAGCACCGUCGGGGAAUCCGAGGAAUUGGGUAAUGAUCGCGAAGUAGAAGCGGGAGCGCCGGUGGCCGCCGUGGAAAACCGCGUCGAGGUCUGCAUCGGUGAUCGGGCGUGGGGAGAAAUUUCAAAAAUUAAAUAUCAUUCGGCGAACGAAUUUACCGGGAGGGGAUCAUCCCCCCUCGGUGAAUCUCCCUCCGAAUCAGCGGCGGGAUUCGGAAAAAAAUCAAGCGACGCGCCCUCCGUAAUUCCUGUUGUCGACGAUCACCGGGACCACCGAAAAACGUUGCUUCGAAACGAAGUUACGCUCCGUCCUGCCGGUACCGAAUUCGACGAGUUCGAGGCCUUCGGGACGAGCGUCGGAAGCCAGUUGAAGAGACUGGAGCCUUCGCUGGUCGCGAAGCUGGAGGUGAAAAUUCUUCUGAUCUUGAACGAGGAGAGAAGUAGGUGCGCGCGGCUGUAAUAUGGAAAAUAGGAGAUCGCCCUUGGUCUGGCUCCGGACGGAAGAGCGAAAUAAAGGUGUAUUCGGUAUCGACAAUGCCCGGAACUUCGCGCCGCGGUUCUUGGACGUUGUUCCCGUCGGGGGGAUAUAUAUCCGCGUGUUCCGCCGCACGCGGGACACGACGAACAAAAGGGUCGGCGAUAAUUCCAUCCACGUUGUCACCAAACGACCCAACAAUACGUGCCGUCAGAUAAUCGACCCUCGUCACAAUGGCCCAUCCUUUCCGCACCAGUAUCGGCCUGCAAAAUUGUGCAAAAAUCCGUUCGCUGUGAUGGACGAGCCCGAGCAAAAGACCCUUUGAAUAUAACGAAUCGUAAUCCGCGCUGUACGAGCGUGCGAUUCACCGGCAAAAAAAACUAAAGAGGGAAAAUAAAAUAA